AAUAGAUUUAAUAUUAUAUUACUGCACAAUUUUACUAAAUAUGGACAGCCUGUGCACAUAUGUAAAUACACAUACACAUGUCUAUUUUUUAGUGCUUGUUUAUUUCGAUUUUGAGUGGUUUGCAAAAAUUUACUGCCUAUAGAGAAGAGAAAUUUCUUUUCAGGAUAUGCUCUGAAAGCAAUGUAGCUCACUAGCCAUUGAUUCCUUGUUUAUGCCUGUUUUGUUAUAGCAACUAUUGUAGAAAUACCGUAAUGAUUUUAAUAACCGCCGAGCGUUUGAUUUUUAGGGAGCGUUUAUUUGAGAGUGAGUUUAAAAGAAGGGAUAAGGAGGGGGGAGGUGGGGCGUUUAUAAAAGUUGAUUUAUUAUAGGGGAAAAAGGCACACGCAUGUCUUCCAUUUAGCUGGACAAUAAUUUAACUAGUUUUUAUUUCAUUUUUUUUUUGUUUAUGCUCUAACAGUAGCUUUAGUAUGUGUGUGUGUGUUUUCAUUUUCUUGAAAAGAUAUACAUUAAAUGAAUAAUAAAACAAUUUGAGUUUGUUCUAUUUAUAUAAAAUUUUAACAUGCUAGUUUAAUUACAUCCAGUACGGGCAAUUAAUUUCGAUCAUAAGUAAAAAAUUAUAAUUUCUAUGUUAAAAAACCUUUUCUGUGUGCUAUUAUUUAAAUACCACAAAUAAAACAUUUGAUCCUUAAUUUCAAUACAAAUUCUUUUUUUAGUAGUUCAAUUUUUAAUUUUAUGGCAGUGUAUUGUAGUUUUUGUUUUACGAUUAUUGUUAUUAUUUCUAAAUGAAUAUUUCAGCUACUAUUACUAGUUUCUUGAACUAAGUACCUAUACCUUCUUGAUUUUACAGUAUCAGUAUUUAACAACAACAGUGCAUAUAAAUAAUAGCUCAUGGUAGAGUCAGCAUAAUUAGCGAGGCAAACAGUUACAGAGAUAUAAUUUGAUGAAAUGCUUAAUGGCACUCUAUGUAAAAAACACAUUUUUAGAAUUCGUAAACUUAUUUACUCCAUUGUGAAAGUAUAAAACUUUGGACAAAAUAAGUAUAGGAACGUGUGCUUCUGAUAUAUACUGUUACAAAGAUAUUAGUGUUUAAGCAUUUUUAAUCACCUCAUCAUUCUGUUGAUUUCAAAAUAGGUGAUUUGGUGUAGCUUUGCAAAAUUAGUCAAAUUUCAUCUAGAAUAGCCCCUAGGUCAGCAGGCAGGAGAUGAAGUCAGUUAUUUCCACCAGUUUCAAUGUACUUAGGCCUCAAACUGAAAUACGAUUCGCCAAUCAUAUUUUAUAUGUUGACACCAGUCUAAUACAUAGAUGUUGUAUCGUAACGACAAAACAAAAAUCUAACAAAUAAGGCAUACUUGAUACAUUCACUAUAUCCGUAACAGAUUUAGUGUAUUGUUAAGUAGGAUGAUGAGUUUAGGUUUUCUGUGCAAGUUUGGAUGAAGUUGGAACAGCCGUUGAUAUGUUUAGGCUUUUUACGUAAUGUAUAUUGCAUUUUUACAAUUAAAUAAUACACUGUUUAAAAAAGUUGUCAUUGUCUAUUCACUAAAUUCUUUUUUAUUUUUAAGUAAAAAGUUUAAUAAUAUAGGUACAAAAUCUUUGUUAGAAAGAAUAUAUACAGUAGAAAUGGAUCAUGUAGGAGAAUUAAGUGAUGCUUUACCAGCCCAAUCAAAUGAAAUUGUUCACAUCGAAGUCUGUCAAGAACCACAUAGCGUAGCUUGUUCAGCAGAAAUUGAAAAACAUGUGUUGGAGUUUCUUUCGUUUUUACCAAUUAAAUAUGGAGAGACUUACACCGAAUUCCAUGACAAUGAGUAUUUAACAACACACGUAGCCUAUAUAACAGUAUGUGAUACAGAAGAAUCUUCUGUAAUAAAUUACAGUAUUGACAAAGCAAAGUCCAAGUUGCACAUUCAUGUGUUUCAACUUCAUACUGAAGGCUCAGCUAGUGAAGAAUUAGAAGAUGAUGAAGAAAUUUCUGCGGCUAACCAUUGGGUGUUACCAUCUUCAGAAUUUCAAGGUAUUUGGGAGAAUUUAGUGUUUGAUUCUGAUGUUAAAAAACAGCUUCUUGAUUAUGCAGCUACCACAUUAUUAUUCUCUGACAGAGGAAUUGAUGCCAAUAUAAUAUCUUGGAAUAGAGUGGUUUUACUGCAUGGUCCACCAGGAACAGGAAAAACUUCAUUAUGCAAAGCUCUUGCACAAAAACUUACUAUGCGGUUAUCUGACAGAUUCCGAUAUGGUCAACUAAUAGAAAUCAAUAGUCAUAGUUUGUUUUCUAAAUGGUUUUCAGAAAGUGGCAAACUUGUAAUGAAAAUGUUUCAACGUAUACAAGAACUGAUUGAUGAUCCAAGUGCCCUGGUUUGUGUUCUAAUUGACGAGGUUGAAAGCCUAACAGCUGCCAGAACGGCCGCAAUGAAAGGAACAGAACCUUCAGAUGCUAUUCGUGUUGUGAAUGCAUUAUUAACUCAAAUCGAUCAGAUUAAAAGAUUCCCAAACGUGUUAAUAUUAACAACGUCAAACAUCACAGGAGCUAUAGAUCUGGCAUUUGUUGACAGAGCUGAUAUAAAGCAAUACAUCGGACCUCCGUCAGUCCAUGCUAUCUUCACUAUAUACCAUUCGUGUAUCAACGAGUUAAAAAAGAAACAAAUCAUUAGCAGGUCAAACCUGCCGGAUUUGAGGACUUUAAAAAUGAUGAGGUUUCAAGAAAACGAAGCUAAUUCGAUCAGUUUUCGUCUGUUAGAUAUAGCUAGAAAAAGUUAUGGUUUGAGCGGCAGAACGCUACGAAAGCUUCCGUUUUUGGCGUACGCACAGUAUUUGCAGGCUUUCACGUUGGUGACACAGGAACAGUUUAUAAAAGCACUAUCCGGUGCCGUGGACAAACAACUGGAAGAUCGAGAAAAGCUAUCGAGUGAAGUUGAUAAACAAUAUAAUGGAACUAAUCAACUCUCGGAGAAACUAAACAAUACGACCGACCAGCCUGCUUUAAUGAAUGGAGUUCAUUGAAAUUGUAUUUAAAUCCUCACAAAUUAUGUACCUUGUGUACAUAAUUUGUGAGGUAAGAUUGCUCCCCCGUCAGUAAAUAUCAGGAAAUUUAAGAAAAUUUUAGAAAGGUUGUGAAAAGGGUCAAAAUUUUAGUCACUUUUUUGUCAAGUCACUUUAUGUUGAAAAUUUUUAAUCUGUAACGAACAGUUAAAAAAGCCGAAACGUCAUAAGUCGUAAGUCGUGUGCAAUAUGUUUUAGAACACUGUAAAGACCUGUUUAUAGUUUUACUUACUUUGAAAUAUUUCAGAAUGGAAAAGGGGUAAUUAAUGUUUGUUCCCCCCCAUGAAAACGUUAACUUGGGUUCUCACACAUCGUCUAAUCUAUUAAUAACUUAACCAGGGUGGCCACACCUAAGAAUAUCCGAAGUAACAUAAAAAAUUGAGGCCUUCCUAAAAUAUCCUAAAUGACGUAAAAUUUGCACAAAUGCUUCCUAAAAACCAAAAAUUGUUUAUCCUGACAUGUAUUUUUCCUUCUUUUAAAAUAUUUUUAUAUUCGCAUAAAAAAAUCAACAAGAAUCUGUUAGGGAAGGCUUGGUAAGUAACUCUUUAUUUUCUCUGUGAUUUUGGCAAGAUCUAAAAUAUAUGGCCACCGUGUAAACGGAGAGGAGUUGCACGUAACAAUAUUUUAAAUGAGUAAUUUAUGCAUGGAUUUCUGCUGUUUCAAGAGAAAUGUAAUGUAAAUUAAAUUAUGCAAUGCCUGGUUCAUACUAUAAAAUAUUCUAUUAGUUUUUAACAUUGUGAAUAGUAGGUUUGCAAAAAUAUUUACGUGUGUGUAAUAUUUUUUAUAAAGAUGUUGAUAUUCGUA